ACUACGCUUAAUAAUGCAACAUAUAUUGUCAGAUAUUGCAAAAUACGUUUACUUAAAGAUAACUGUAUAUAAUGAGAACAUUUGCAAUAUUAUUGUGUGACGUCGUCAUUUAAUGUCCCAUGGUCACACUAUUAUUGUGGACAAGAAAACGGGUUUAUAGUUGCUGGCCACUACCAAUUCUAGAUAUAAUGAUUGAUACUGUUUACAGUUUUGUUGAUAUUAUUCAUAGCGAAAUAGGUGAUACGGUUAUAACCCAUUAGGGUAAUACUGAAAUAAUAAAUGUCUGUGGGUAGUACUUGAAUGUUCACCUGUAAAGAUUUGCUAUUUUGAUAUAUUUAUUUGAUAUUUGUGCCCAUAGAUAUUCUAAUAUGGCCUUCAUUGAUUAAAUGAAGGCAAAUAGAUUAUAUUCAAGAAUCACGACUAAUCACUAUCGUUUUGCCGACUACUGUCAAUAGCCUCUGUCAAAAUCGUAUUCACAUGAAGUUCAGACUUUUACAUUACAAAUAAUAUACCUAUAUAUCGUACUUUUGAAAAUCAAUAUGGCCGGAAAAGAAACCGUGAAAAGUGCUUGUAAAUCUGUUAAGACAGUGAUGUCCACGGACUUUUGGGAAGCGCGCAGGCGAGCGCUGGGUCUCUAUCGGGCUUGCUACAGAUAUAUACCUUAUAUCAUAAAAUAUUUUGACAUACCGAAAACUGAAGAAGAUUGCAAAUGGAAAUUGAGAGAAUAUUUCUAUGCAAAUGCUUGUGUUUCGGAUGUUCGAGUUAUUGAUAUUUUGGUCAUCAAGGGCUACAUGGAAUUGAAGGAAAUAACCCACCAAUGGCAACAGAAAGGUCAUCUGAUGGCUAACUGGAACCCAACUUGGGAGCCCAAGCCAAAUAAUUUCAUUUGCAAGUUCCUUUCGGGUGUAGAUUGAGUUGUACUGUAACUUUGAGCUUGUUUUUAUUUUAAUAUUUUUCCGACAGCCACCUACCUAAUGAUUUCAAAUUUUAUUACAUACUUAUUAAAUUUAUAAUAAGUAGA